UUAUUGGUUUCUUUUUGUUAGAUUUAUUAAUAAUAAAUUUUGUGGCCUCUGUAGCGUAUAUUAGUUACAUCGCAUUUGCUUAAAGAUCUACAACUUCAAUACCGACCAAAACAAGAAAAGAAUAGGAGGAACCCUAAAAAUGGCUGAGGAACAACAAAAAACAGGUCAGAGCAAUGGCGAAAACAUCAUUCCUCCUGAAGAAGUUGCUAAGUUCCUGCCUGAAACUGUUGAGGAAGGUGGAUGGGAAAAAUGUUGGGAAGACGGGAUAACACCAUGGGACCAAGGAAGAGCCACACCUCUCGUUGUCCAUCUUGUUGACUCUUCUUCUCUUCCUCUUGGCCGUGCUCUUGUCCCCGGCUGUGGUGGAGGUCACGAUGUGGUUGCGAUGGCAAGCCCCGAACGUUUCGUUGUUGGUUUGGAUAUUUCUGAAAGUGCCCUCGAGAAAGCUGCUGAGAGUUACGGUUCCUCACCGAAGUCCAAGUACUUUACGUUCGUGAAGGAAGACUUCUUCACAUGGCGUCCUAACGAAUUAUUUGACCUCAUCUUCGAUUAUGUGGUCUUCUGUGCCAUUGAGCAUGAGAUGAGACCUGCAUGGGCUAAAUCCAUGUAUGAGCUCUUGAAACCCGACGGCGAACUCGUAACUCUCAUGUAUCCGAUUACCGAUCAUGAUGGUGGACCUCCCUACAAAGUAGCUGUAUCUACCUACGAAGAUGUUUUGGUUCCCGUAGGAUUUAAGGCAGUGUCCAUCGAGGAGAAUCCAUACUCCAUUGCCACUCGUAAGGUACAAACACACUGCUUACAUUGUGGAAUGGAAUAGACAAUAAUCAUGGAACUGAUAUAAUUAGAUGUAUAUUUGAAAUCAUAUAACUAAGUUGUAAUUUUAUGGCUUUGAUGUAUAUACACAUCCCACUGCCAUUAUAUUUACAUAAUACAUGAAUCUAGUACGUGAACUAUAGUAUAGACCAUUUUUACAUGAUAAAAAACAGAACAAAAGUUCCAUCUGUAUAAGUCAAAAUGUUUUAGUAUUUUUAUGAAACUAUUUUCAUAUAAUACUCAAUUAGGUGAGUAUAUUCUAGCUGCAUUAAUUUUAAAGACACACUAAUUGAUUACUCAUU